AGCGUGGAAGCCGCGCGCGCCUCCGUCCUCUCGAACCCCGGGUGCUGCCUGCCCUCGCUGCCCCGAGCCCUGCAUCCCCCGGCGGCCGCUCGGGAGCCCGACUUGGAGGAAGUAUACUACUUUGUCAUUAUGAGAUGUCGUCUCUCGGUGCCUCCUUUGUACAAAUUAAAUUCGAUGACUUGCAGUUUUUUGAAAACUGUGGCGGAGGAAGUUUUGGGAGUGUUUAUCGAGCCAAAUGGAUAUCACAGGACAAGGAGGUGGCUGUCAAGAAGCUGCUCAAAAUAGAGAAAGAGGCAGAAAUACUUAGUGUCCUCAGUCACCGGAACAUCAUUCAGUUUUAUGGAGUCAUCCUCGAACCUCCCAACUAUGGUAUCGUUACAGAAUAUGCUUCUCUGGGGUCACUCUAUGAGUACAUUAACAGCAACAGAAGUGAAGAGAUGGAUAUGAAUCACAUUAUGACAUGGGCGACUGAUGUAGCCAAAGGGAUGCACUACUUACAUAUGGAGGCUCCUAUCAAGGUGAUUCACAGAGAUCUCAAGUCAAGAAAUGUUGUUAUAGCUGUUGAUGGAGUAUUAAAGAUCUGUGAUUUUGGUGCCUCUCGGUUCCAUAACCACACCACACACAUGUCCUUGGUUGGAACGUUCCCAUGGAUGGCUCCAGAGGUUAUCCAAAGUCUCCCUGUAUCUGAAACGUGUGACACCUAUUCCUAUGGGGUGGUUCUCUGGGAGAUGCUAACAAGGGAGGUCCCCUUUAAAGGUUUGGAAGGAUUACAAGUAGCUUGGCUUGUAGUGGAAAAAAACGAGAGAUUAACCAUUCCCAGCAGUUGCCCCAGAAGUUUUGCUGAACUGUUACAUCAGUGUUGGGAAGCUGAUGCCAAGAAACGGCCAUCUUUCAAGCAAAUCAUUUCCAUUCUUGAAUCUAUGUCGAACGACACUAAUCUGCCUGACCAGUGUAACUCAUUCCUGCACAACAAGGCUGAAUGGAGGUGUGAGAUUGAAGCUACCCUUGAGAGGCUAAAGAAACUAGAACGAGAUCUCAGCUGCAAGGAGCAGGAGCUCAAAGAACGAGAACGGCGGUUGAAGAUGUGGGAGCAAAAACUGACAGAACAGUCCAAUACCCCGUUGCUGCCUUCCUUUGAUAUUGGUGCAUGGACAGAAGAAGACGUGUACUUUUGGGUUCAGCAGCUCGUCAGAAAAGGCGAUUCUUCAGCAGAGAUGAGUGUCUAUGCUAGCUUGUUUAAGGAAAACAACAUUACUGGAAAGCGCCUGCUUCUUCUGGAUGAAGAAGACAUGAAAGACAUGGGCAUUAUCUCCAAGGGACAUAUCAUCCAUUUAAAGUCAGCCAUUGAGAAGUUAACCCACGAUUACCUAAACUUGUUUCAUUUCCCACCACUCAUUAAGGACUCGGUUGGUGAACCUGAAGAAAAUGAGGAAAAAGUAGUGAACCUUGAACUUGUUUUUGGUUUUCACUUGAAACCAGGAACUGGCCCACAGGAUUGCAAAUGGAAAAUGUAUAUGGAGAUGGAUGGGGAUGAAAUUGCGAUAACCUACAUCAAAGAUGUAACUUUCAACACUAACCUACCCAACAUGGAGAUUUUAAAGAUGACAAAGCCCCCCUUUGUGAUGGAUAAGUGGGUCAUAGGACUGUCAGAAAAUCAGGCUGUAGAAUGCACUGUCACGUAUGAGAGUGAUGUCAGAACUCCCAAAAGCACUAAACAUGUCCAUCCGAUUCAAUGGAGUCAAAUGAAAGCUCAGGACGAAGUGAAAACAGUCCAACUGGCCAUACAGACAAUACUCCCCAAUGCAGAGGUCAACCCUCGGAGCAGGUCUGACUCAAGUGCCGACUGCCAGUGGUUGGACACGCUGCGCAUGCGGCAGAUCGCCUCCACGUCGUCUCUGCAGCGUUCACAGAGCAACCCCAUCCUGGGCUCCCCUUUCUUUCCUUACCUGAACGACCAGGACUCCUAUGCCGCAGCUGUGCGGCGCACACAGGUGCCCCUAAAGAUCACCCCCAUCAACCCUUCCCGAAGCUCCUCGCCUACCCAGUACGGCCUGGCCAAGAACUUCUCUUCCCUGCACCUCAACUCCAGAGACAGCGGCUUCUCCAGCCUUAACGCUGAUGUCUCUUUCGAGAGGGGCCGCUACUCCAAUCGGAGCAGGAGCAAAGGCGACCGGGCCAGCGUCUCGCUCAAUUCUUCCCCGAAGGGAAGGUACGAAGGGAAAAGCCAACAUUCUACCCCGUCGCGGGAGAGAUACUCCGGGAACUUCUACGGAGCUUCUCCUUCUCCGCUCAAGAGAAGCGCCAACGAGCGCCGGGGCCCAAGGACCAUCCCCGGGAUGCCCCUGGACCCAGAGAGGGAUGCCCAGAAGGAUGCUCAGACGGAUGCUCAGGGCGAGAACAAAGUCAGCGAGGGCGGGUGGACCAAGGUGGUGCACCGCAAGAAGCCACACAGGCCCACGCAGGCCAAGGCCAGCAAGGAAAGAGUCCGAGGGAACUUUCGAGGAAGGAGAACCUUUUGAUCGUGAUGAACGAUUUUUAUAUUCGGAGACGAUUGGCAGAAAGGAAUCUUCCAUUUGGGGGAUUUGGAGAAUAAAGUAGCUGCUCAUUGAGAUCACAGC